AAUUGAAGAUCUAGGAGGAAGGUCCAGACACUUAGUGAGGGCGCUAUAUCGUUAGUCUUUACUCCAAAAUCAUUUUAUAUUAAAUUCCUUAUUUGUUUGUUAAAUAUGAUGAAAUAUCGCUAAUUAUUUAAUUUAAAGUAUUGUUAAAGCCUUCAUUUAUCAUAUGGAAUUCCUUCUGGUGGUUAAAACUAAUGAAAAAUUUAAUAAUACUUUGAUAGCAAUGGUACAGGACGAAUGCUGUGCAUUGGAACUGCGUGCUGAUAAAAAAGCGUUAUUGAGUGUUACAUUCCAAUAUAAAUAGUUGAAGAGUCUGCUACCAAUUAUAAUCAUGAAUGCAUCAGAACAUGGGUUUAACCCAGCCUUUAACAUGGCCUCCAUAAAACAGGCAAUCAAUGAAGCUGUUGAAAGAGUUUCAACAGUGAGAAUGCCCGCACCAACUCGGCUACGAGAUCUUAUCAGGCAAAUAAGAGCUGCACGAACUGCUGCAGAAGAACGUACUGUUGUCAACAAAGAAUGCGCGUACAUAAGGUCAACAUUCAGAGAAGAAGAUAGCGUUUGGAGAUGCAGAAAUAUUGCCAAACUUCUUUAUAUUCACAUGUUAGGUUAUCCAGCGCACUUUGGCCAGUUAGAAUGUUUGAAACUUAUAGCGUCUCCAAGGUUUACGGAUAAACGAAUCGGUUAUUUAGGUGCAAUGUUAUUACUCGAUGAAAGACAAGACGUUCAUCUUCUUAUUACCAAUUGUCUUAAAAAUGAUUUAAAUAGUUCAACCCAAUUUGUAAUUGGUCUAGCUUUAUGUACGUUAGGAGCUAUCGCAUCACCAGGAAUGGCCCGAGAUUUGGCGGCUGAAGUUGAAAGAUUAAUGAAGUCACCAAAUGCUUAUAUAAAAAAGAAAGCAGCACUAUGUGCUUUUAGAAUUAUCCGAAGAGUUCCAGAAUUGAUGGAAAUGUUUUUACCAGCGACUAGGAGCCUUUUAACUGAAAAGAAUCAUGGAGUGUUGAUUACUGGAGUUACUUUAAUUACUGAGAUGUGCGAAAACAGCGUUGAUACAUUGAAUCACUUUAAAAAGGAAUGCGGCCAUAGAGAGAUUGUUCCAAAUCUCGUAAGGAUUCUUAAAAACCUCAUCCUGGCAGGCUACUCUCCAGAACAUGAUGUUUCCGGUGUGUCAGAUCCAUUUCUUCAAGUUAAAAUCCUUCGGUUAUUGCGAAUUUUGGGACGUAAUGAUGUAGAUGCUUCCGAAGCUAUGAAUGAUAUUCUUGCGCAAGUUGCAACAAACACUGAAACUAGUAAAAACGUUGGUAAUACUAUUCUUUAUGAAACUGUCCUUUCUAUCAUGGACAUUAAAUCAGAAAGUGGAUUAAGAGUAUUAGCAGUUAACAUUCUUGGACGAUUUUUACUUAACAAUGAUAAAAACAUUCGUUAUGUUGCUUUAAAUACAUUAUUGAAGACUGUUUACGUGGAUACCAGUGCAGUUCAACGACACCGCUCGACAAUCCUGGAGUGCCUAAAAGAUCCAGAUGUUUCGAUAAGAAGACGAGCAAUGGAGUUAAGUUUUGCUUUAGUAAAUUCUAAUAACAUUAGAAAUAUGAUGAAAGAGCUACUUUUAUUUCUUGAACGAGCUGAUCCAGAAUUUAAAGCUCAGUGUAGUAGUAAUAUUGUCAUGUCAGCUGAAAGAUAUGCACCAAAUAAGCGUUGGCAUCUUGAGACAUUGUUCAAAGUUCUUAUCGCUGCUGGUAAUUACGUGAGGGAUGAUGUGGUAGCAUGCACUAUCCAACUUAUCUCUGAAACGCAAUCACAGCAGAGUUAUGCUGUCAAUGCCCUUUGGCAUGCUCUCGAAAAGGAUACUUUUGAUAAACAACCAUUGGCUCAAGUUGCCACGUGGUGCAUUGGAGAAUAUGGAGAUUUAUUACUUUAUGGACAACCCCCAGAAGAUGCUGAAGCUCCUGUAAAUCUGACUGAAGAUGAUGUGAUUGAUGUAUACCAAAGGUUACUUUGGAGUCCUCAAAAUACAGUAAUAACAAAGCAAUAUGCACUAUUAUCACUGACAAAGUUAAGCACAAGAUUCCAUCGUGGAAAUGAACCACCUCGAUUUUACAGGAAGAUUCGCCAGAUAAUCGACACAUUUGGUAGCAAUCUACAUAUCGAACUUCAACAAAGAGGCAUUGAGUUUUCUCAACUUUUCCGAAAAUUUGAUCAUCUUAGACCAGCUUUACUAGAGAGAAUGCCGCCAAUGGAAACUGCUCGACCACAAGCAAACGGAAUCAUUGGUAUGGUUAACGGUGAUCAAGACAUAGAAGAGGAAAAAUCAGCAGCUGAACCAAUUCAAACAACACCAACAUCAGACUCAAGUGCACUUCUUGAUCUUCUUGGGUCUUCCGACUUAGGAAUGCCUAUUGCAACUGUUCCGUCUGCUACGACACCAUCAGCUGCAUCUACCAAUAAUAACGAUCUUUUAGAUCUUCUCGGUGGUCUUGACCUUGGCACAUCUACUACUACAACUCCAGCAAUAGGACAAACUCAGCCAUCAUCACAAAUCUUCAGUCCUACCUCACCAAAUUUUUUGAUGGAUAGUUUUCUUAAUUCAUCAUCAGUGCAAAGUGAAGUGCCAAGUAUAGUUGUUCUGGAUAAAGCUGGACUUAAAGUAAUUUUUAAAGUCGAAAGAUCUUCAGAUGUGCUAGACCUGCUUAUUAUCAAUAUGACUGCAAUGAAUUCAAAUACUACACCAUUAACGGACUUUCUUUUCCAAGCAGCAGUUCCAAGGACAUUCCAAUUGCAAAUGCUAUCACCGUCAGGUACUGUCGUAUCACCUUCAGGCCAAGUAACGCAAGUUCUUAAAGUAUCUGGUCUUAACAAUGGAGUUUUAAGGAUGCGUAUUCGAAUCUCUUACAACGGAGCGUCCGGACCCGUACUUGAACAAACAGAAGUAAACAAUUUUCCAUUGACAGGAUCCCAGUGAUAGUAUGCAAUCACACAAAUUGUAUAUAUGGCUGCCUAAUGUAAAACCUAUCAAUGGGUAACUUCUUGUUAUUAUUGAUGAACGAUAUGAAAUUGUAAGUAAAUAACAUUUCCAUAAGUGGAAAUGUUCUGAUUGUUAGGUAACAAAAUUAUAUCCUUGAAUACUUGAAAGUUGAAAAAGAUUUUGAAGAAAUGAAAUAGAGCAGGAUGAUAUAAAGUCAAUGAUGUUUGUUCUACGGAGUCUUUUCCUUUUAUACUAUGCUUGUAAUUAACAAUAAAAGCUCUGUAUAUAGUAGCUGAAAACGACUGUGAAAUAUGGUUAUGCUUCUUUUAAAUGGAGAAUUAUAAGUGAUUCGAGUAAAUUGUAUGAAAGAAAGUUGAUCGAUAGUUAGUUUUUAUAGUUGGUUAAUUGUAUUUACAGAGAGACUUAUUGUCCGAACAGAACAAAAUAAAUUCUGCUAUGAAUUUGUA